AUGCGGAGAUUCUUGUUUAGCCAAGCUAAAAGCCUCGUCGACCAUACUCGCCGUCGUCAACAUCACACAAGCCAUCGACGAUUUCUCUCUCUUCUUCCAUCUCGAUCUCAUCCUAUUCCUGUUCCUGCUCCUCUUGUUUCUCUGUCUCAUUUCUUGUCUUCUGCUUCGAAAACGGCUACUUCUCUGUCCAUUUCUCUCCCCGUUACUCUUGAAUCAGUCAAUCCCAAGGUUCUGAAAUGUGAAUAUACUGUUGGUGGAGACAUUAUCAGCAUUGCUCAGUCUCUUAACAACUUAGAAGGCGUAACAUGUAACAGAGCCGAAGGAGCAGAGACCGCAAAGACACCACCAGGUGCGUUUCACUGCAAAAGCCUUCUUAACGCCACUGGAAUACUUGUAGUCCCUGGUUCUCGCUUCGGACAGGUUCCCGGAACAUGGCACCAAAUGAGAUGCACAAUACUUUCCCAAGAAGACAGGAUUCCGGCGACGGUGAAUCGUCCCAGAGAGUUCCACAAGAGUGGUAGUACCAUCAACCAUUUCCCAAAAAGAAGCAAAUUUCCAAAACAACACCGAGGAAGAGUAAACGGAGUAUCUUGUCAAGGGAAUCGUGUUUCUUUUGGAAGAUACGCUCUUCAAACACUUGAACCAUCUUGGAUCACAGCUAGACAGAUAGAAGCGGGGAGGCUAGCAAUGACAAGAAACGUACCACGUGGGGGGAAGAUUUGGGUGCGUAUGUUUGCAGACAAAUCAGUUACCGUAAGACCCACGGAAGUGCGUAUGGGUGGUGGGAAAGGAGCGGCGGAGAUUUGGGUUGCUGUGUGGCAGAGAAAGAGCGUGAAGAUCGUGCUCUCGCGUGGUUCUUGCAAUCGGCGAAGAAGAGCCACCGACUUCGACUUCAGCUCCUUCCGAUUCACCAUGGGAUUUCGUUUGCUAUUGUGGCAAGCAAUAGCUGGUGGUUUAUACAUGGGUGAAAGUGGAUUUAGAGUGGAUCCUUCUUCUUCUUAUGCCAAUGCUUUAAAGUACCAUGAGCAACGUCGUCUAACAAAUUAUAUGGUUGCUAAAACCGCAAGGGAAAAAAGACGGAAAAUUGUAGCUGAUAAAAAAGCAAAACGAUGUAAAGCUUCUGUAUCUAUUGUUGUCUCCUCCAUUAAAGAUCCUAUGGUUAGUCAAAUAGCAAGAGAAAGAAGACGACAAAUUAUAGCAGCGAAAAGAGCAGUGCGAUCUACUUCUUCUAAUGAAGUCUUGUCCAAUGAUAGCGUUCAAAGUAGCCAACGAACAACAACCAAAGAGGACAAACAUUCAAGGUCGAGCGAUAGGAAACCACAACAUGAAACAAGUGAAGCAUCGAGACAGAAACCACGAUUGUUGAUAUACAAAGAAAAGAAGAAGUGCUGCAACAAUGGAGACAACAAUGUAGAGAUAUAUGACCAAUGGAAUCGUCCAACAUCUUCGUUCUUUUGUGGAGAUUUUUGGGCUGACUCGUUCAGUAAACUCACAAGCUCAGGUUGGUGGUACUGUGAAGAUGCAAAUCAGUGUCUUCUCAGUUCGCAGUAUGUAGCAGCCAGCGAUUUUGGAAAGAAGUUUCUGCAUUGGAUACAACAGAUUACAAAGUACAUGUAA